GGGGAUCCAUACACCAGCUAGGAGAGAAGGAGUGCAGAAGAUUAUAAAAAUCAGUGGUAAAUUGAAUGGUGUAUUUUCAUUUUUAGUCUAGAGGAAAACUGGUAAGUAAUAUUUUAUUAGUUCUUUAAAGUUGAAAAUGUCUAGACUCAAAGCAGUUUGCUAAUUAUGCUUUAGACAUUACUAAAAGGUGAAAGGAGUGUCUGUAUAAGUAAAAGAAACUUUUCUGCUUACCAGAAAAAACACAGUGGUUCCUUUGAGGUUCUAUAGUUUCAUGAUCUCUCGUAUAACUUGUUUUACAAUCCACAUAACCUAUAAUGUAGACGACAGGAUGAUGACUAUUUAAUAGUAUCUUCCUAAGACCAACAGAUUGCUAUUAGCAUGCGUGUCCUAAGACAGCUAUUGUAAAAACAUGCUGCAGCAUUACAGACUGUAAGAGCUGUUUGCAAAUGCUGGAGUUUUUUAUUAUGGCACUGUUCCAUGGUUCUUUUUUUUUUUCUUUUUUUUUUUUCUUUCAGAAAUAGUUGUAAGGAUUUGUUUCAGAAAGGACUGCUUGUUGAUUUUACGUUGCCAUGUAACCACCAGAAUGUGUUUCAUAUGCAGGAUUUCAGAGAUAAAAUUAGCUGGCUGUUCUCUGGACAGACUAUGCAGAUGUUUGACCAUGUUCCUAAGUGAGAGCUGACCAUCAUCCACACCUAUAGGUGGAAAGCUACCUCUGGUGACCCAAACCUCUUUCUUAUAGAUCUUCGGGUAUCUAAAGAUACUUCUAGCCUUUCCUGCUAAGAGAACUAAGAUCAAAAUAGUACUUCAUCAGUUUGAGACUAUCAAGGAUUUUUACCAUUAUGUUAUUACGUUGAAAUAUUGUUGCUAACACGUAAGGCCAGAGUGGCUUCAAUUAUUUCUGCAUGUUUCUAAUAAACAGGGCUUAUAUUGCCAUUCUGUUUUGGUAGAGGGCUGGUAGUUGGCUAGAGGGGUCAGAUGGGCCCAUGGACAGAAAAGCUAAGCCUCGUUGUCUUAGUUUCCCUUACCCUGCCCUCCACAUCUGCAUCUGAAUCUACAUCUAUACCCACAUGCAUGCAUUUUUCCAUCUUUGACACAGAGAUCUGUGAGAAUGACAGGUUUGGGUGCUCAGCUCUGUGGACCAGUUAUCAGUUUGCAUGUGCUCCCAAAUCAGCUAGUUAGCAUUUUUCAUCAGGCGUUUUGACAGUCCCAAAGCAGUCUGUGGCAAGAAACUGAAGGCGACCUCAUUGAGGAGAAAGGCCUUAGCUGGUCCAUGUUAUCUGAGAGCUUGGUCAUUUAUCAGUAAAGCAAGUUGUCAGUGACUGGCUGAGCUUCAGUUGUCACCUUGGCACUGGUUUGUGGGACAGGUUAAAAGGACACCUGUCCAAAGGCAGCUUGUCAGCCUACAAAAAGAAAAGGAAAGAAAAAAGAAGUGAAACAAACGUCCCCAGGUCCAGCAGUGGCCUUCACACCUGCAGAAUGUGCCUGCAGAGCAUUUCUCCCUUAUAAAAAAUCAACUUAUAUUGUAAAUUGAUGGUUAGUUUGUGUGGCAUGAUGUGGAGUGAGAGGAACAGGAAUAGAAAGAGAAGAAAUCGUUUGGAGACCUUACAGAUGAUGGGGAUGGCAGAGGGAACAAGAGACAUCUCCGUGGGAGUUCAUACCAUAGAACAACCUCCAGAUUGAGGUGGGCUCCCUACAUUCAUUUCCAGCUUCCAUUCCUCUGGAGGGAAGGAAGGAGGGUGGUGUUUGUGAAGAAUAUCAAGGAUGUUCCUCUUGUCACCUGAGGCUUUCUGUAACAUGCUCUUACACCUCUCAUCUUUUGUGGCAGUAUUAGAGAAUGACUGCCCUGUAGUUCUGGGCAGCUUUUAAUCAGCGUUGUGCUGCUGCUCCCCAUGAGGAAGGUGAAAGCAAGCUUUCCUACUGACAGCUGCCCGUUCUCAAGAGAGAUGGGGAGGUGGAGUCACUGCAGAAAACUGUCAGAUCAGCUUCUGUGUUUUGUGAUGCCAGUGGAACAAAACAUACAGAAGCCCCUCAACUCCAGAACAAGUCUGAAGAGAGUGAACUUUUGUCCCGUGUCUCUGAUCUAAGCUUAAACCCAACUAAAGAGCUUAAAUUCAAUUGAUCCUACAUUCAACCACCGCAAUUAGUGACUGCAGUGUUGCACUGCUGACAGCCAGUCUCAGAGUAAAGACUUCACAGACUGUAGCUUUUCUUAACAUGAUCCUUUUUAACUAUGGGUUUCACAUGGGGAAACAAAGUCUGAGUUAAUUUGUGUCGUUUUCCAUGAGACACUCUUGUACACGGGAUGCUGUGAGAAUACGUCAGUCAUCAAGACAGAUACGGAAUAUACAAGGCUCAGCAAGUCUGACACAGUGCUGCACUAUACAUUCUUGCCAAAAUAAAUUUGUCAUAAAAUGCUAGUUAGGACUUGACAGACUCAUGUAGUUCUCUGGUUUCACAGUAAGCAUAUGAUCCAGCCAGCACCCGUGGUGCUUGGGCAAACCAAGACUCAGCCAGCUCUGAGUCCUUGCAAAUGGAUCAGGCUGUGUUUGUUUGCUUCAUAUCCAGAGCAGCGGUGUGCUGUGGGGAACUGUACAGGACUCCUAGCAAUAGUCUGUCUGCAUGAGUGAAAGACUGAGCUGUGCUUUCCCGUACUCGGAGUCCUCCGGUCCUCCUGGGUUAGAUCCUCUUUUGAUCAAGGAAGAGUUGGAGCUCCCUGCAGGAAGAAGCGUGGAUGAAAGGUCACAGGAAAGCAGCCCAGUUGGUCUUUUUAAUUGCUCUGUGAUACUGGACGUCAGCAUCAGAAUGGGCAAUGAGAACAGUAGUGCAGAAAAUCAGUCAGAAGUCCCCAAUGCAAAUCGAGUCAUCCUUAUGCCGCCAAGCCAAGGAACACAGCAGAGUGCCCUACAGGACUCAGAAUUAGGCCAACUGCCGGGCGAUGGGCACAGCCCACAGAGGAGCCCCCAGGAAAACAACGUGGCAGAAGCUGAGGGUCAACACAUCUCAGAUUGUCUUCCUGCUGCUGUGCAACCUCAUGGGAGGGAAUCUCCUCCGGCUGCAGAGCCUGCAAGCAUCAGUGAUGAAGGCUUCUGUAGCUCCAGCACUGAAGAUGUACCUGACCCAAACUCAAGCGCGUUGCCUUCCAAGGGAACAGGACAGUGUGGUAUCAUACAAGAAGAUGGAGGAGAUACAGGCUCUGCCUUACAGCAAGCUGCAGAAGGAAAGGAGAGAUGUCUGCCUAUCUCAGUGCCUGCAGAGGGCUGUUUGGAGGGUGUCACAGCAGAUCUUGCAAGCAGCAGUGAUGUGUCACCAACCUCAAGCUGCAGUGAAGCAAUGAAGGACAAAGAGGAGGGAACAGCACACAGUGUUUCUGAGGACAGAGGCCCCAAAUGUGACCCCAUUGCACCUGCUGCUCUGAGAACUGGUGGGAAUGGUCCCGGAAAGCCCAGCCUUCCUGCAGAGCCUACAGAGGCACAUUUGAGGGAGAUGAGGUCCCUGUGGCAGAGUGAGCAGCUGGGGGACAUGGGGCAGCUGCUGGUCAACGCAUCCCCCCAGGGUGCAGGAGCAGGGGAUUAUUUUCCUGCCCAGAAGGCUGAACAGGAGCUGGGACUUUGGGAAGUAGGUCAGGCACAAGCUGUAGUGCAGCAAGGUAGACAGAACACAGAUGGUGAAGAGGGUCUGCUAAUGAGAAAGGAAGCCUUAAUCCCAAAUUACCCAGCAACAGGAGCAGUUGUAAGUGCUGAGGGUUCCAUAGUGAGACCUGAGACCAGGGAGGUCUGCAGCCUGCAGGUGGGAGAUGUGAUGACAGGGAAUGAGGUACCCCCAGCCCAAAGGCAAGGAGCACCACCAGCAUCCUGCCCUUCAGUGCCAGAGCUGCCUUUUGACACCCCAGAUCUCCUCCCAGUACCAAAGCUGGAAGAACCUUUGAGGGAAUGUGUGCCUGGAAACGACUACCAAGAUCCAGUGAGGAGUGAAGCGGUGGGAACAGCCUCUGAGAAAGAUGAACCCAUUUCUCAAAGAGAGCUUCAAAAGGAGGAUGAGCUUGUUAGUGCUGAGCCUUCAUCAUUUAAGCAAGGGGAAGAACAAAAAUCAGCUGUCGCAACUGAAAGCCAAGAAGACAAAGCCAGUAGCAAUGAAAUCAUAAAAGCUGAUGUGUCUGGAGAGAGGUCUGUGCUUUCUGAAACAGAAAGCAUUGUCAGUCCCACCGAGGACAAUUCCCUGGUAGAUAACAGAUUUCUGCUGGAAGAAUAUGCUUUCAGUAGUUCUCUGAGCAGAUCUACGGAGCUGAAUCAGAAGGGAGCUGAGUCAGUGAGCGUAGCAGGAGAGCAAAACAAAACACGAGCAGAGGAGGUGCGAGCAGCCAGUGGGUUACCUGCGGGGUCAGAUGUGGCAGAAAGGCAACUGCUGAGCUCCCUUGGCAUCCACAGUGAGGAUGCAAAAGGAACCCACCUGGGACACAGCCCACAAGCACCCAAUCCUCUUGUCAAGGCUCCAGCAGGCGAGCAGAUGGAAGGAGCUGUGGGAAAGCCCCUAAAUGUAGAGGGUGACUUGGAAUCCCCUGAAGACCCCUCACAGUCUCUUGGCUGUAGAGCUGAACAGCAGCCGGGUGGAGGAAAGGCAGUUGCCCUGGGUGCCCUGGAGAGCAGGGGCAGCUCUGUGCUGUGCCCGAGGGCACAGUGCCCGCUGGGCUCCAUUUGCUGCCAUGCUAAGGACACAGCUCCAGGGCAGCCAGGCUGUCAUGGGGCUGAGGAGGUUUGUUCAGCUGGUGCACACAGUUCACCGCUCCUCCACCCUGAGAACAAUGGCAUUACGCUGAGUGGGCAGGGUGAAGCCUGGGAAAAGGCUCUUGCUGGAGAAGCUGUGUUAGGGACUGACUGCCAGACGGGAGGUCAAGGAGAGCCCGAGGGCAGCAGCGAGGCUGGAGGAAGCAUGGAAACAUCCACAUCAAAACCUGAGCUUCAAGGCUUAAUUGAGGUGGCAGAGAUGGGGGGCUGUGCUGCGGGACAUGCUGAGGAGCGAGUGGCUGCUGCUGGGCAUGGUGAGGAGCGUGGGGAGUUGCAGCAUGGCUCUGAGGGGAGCACAGAGCCGGCACCAGGCACCGAGCACCAAGCUGCUGUGCUGAUGCCAGCUGGGCAGGAGCAAGUGGCUGCAGAAAGUCACUGCGAUGCACAGAUGGCCGUUGCAGAAACUUUGCCAGCCAAAGUUGGUGCAGCAGAGCCUGUUCCUCGUCUGGCUCACGUGGAAGGAGGAGGUGACAGCACCGAGGGGAGCAAGCACCCCUCUGAGAGUGACAAGCACAGCUCUUUGGAGUGCAGUUUGGAAGACCCCUCUGAGUGUGGUGAGCACAGCCCUUCAGCGACCCUGCAGGGCAGUCCUGGAGACCUGCAAGCAAAUGCAGAUGUUCUGCCUGCUCUUCCCCAUGUGGAACAGGUAGAGAAAUUGGUGGCUUUAAAUGCAGGACUUGAAGACCAGGCACACCAAAGUGCCCUGAUGUCUGCCAUGAGAGUAGAUGACCAGGAACACGAAGAUGGACCUCUAAACCUUGGGCAGCUUUCAGAGCUAACGGAUCCCAGCAAUGCAUCAGAAAUGCCUCCGAACAUGAAUAAAGGAGCUCUGCUGGGUCCUGCUGCAUUCCAGUGUGACUCCAGCACAGCAGAAGGAGAGGAGCAGGAUGAGAGCAGUGCUGAGAUGUUGAGUGUGUGCAGCAGCAAACACCUGCAAAACAUUUCUGGUGUGACCGUGCUUAAUUUGCAGAAUUGCACUGAGCAAAACAAAACUGAUCUCGGGGCAGAAGAAAGCUGCUGCAGUAAGCAGAACUCAGACAAGCCCAAGCAGGGCAAUAAUUCUUUGAUCUCAGCUAGUCAGCAUGAGGAAGCAUGUCAGAGUGAUAUGAUUUCUAAAGAAUCUGACAAGACCGAAGGGCCAGUCAGCAUCUGCGGGAUGAAAGGCAGCACUGGGGAGAGCCACACUGCUGCUGUAGGUGCUCUUCCAGGAGCGCAGAAUUCAGCAAGUGCCACUAACAUACAGCAGGCUUUGCCCAGCAAUCCUGAAAUAGCAUCUACUUCUGAUAGCGUUGGGAGAAGCGAUCCUCAAAUGGGCAGCCCGGGAAUUCAAGCGGAAACAUGGUUAGCAAAAAGCUCAGAAGAGAUGGAGGGUGUGAGUGCUGCUGGGGGCCUCACCCAGAGGGGUGGGAUCACGGAGGUGAGUGUGGAGGAUGAUGCUGGUGUUGAAGAAAUGAGCAACGUGGGAAGUGCCAAAGGUCUGAGGGCAAAAGGGUGUCCUUCACUGCCCCAGGCACAUGGGGAAGUGAUUCCUGCUGAUAAGUCCCAUAAAUCCAGCUGCAUGCAACAGGCAUCAGAGGAGCCUGGUUUGUGUCAAGCCAAUUUUACAGCCCCCUCCACACUGACCUCUGCAUUCCAUCACCUCAGCCGGCAAGCUGGAGGCAACGUGGGCAGUGGUACUGAGGGGGAAUCACUGAAUAACGAGCUGGAAGCUAUAGAGUGCCAGAACACACCAAGUAAUACUCACGGGCAGAUUGCUGCAGGUCCUCCAGUGUCCAUGCACUCACCUGGAGUAGGCACAGGGAAAGCAGCAAAGGCAGAAGACAACUCUACAGAGGGCAUGGGUGGGGAUGGAGGAGGGGUUCGAGGGCAGGGAGUUCAAGGUGAUGGAGAUGCACAGACUUUAAAUGUGGGGCAGAGUGCUGGAAACUUAUCACAGUUUAAGAAGAAAGAGCUGAAGAAAGAGCUAUCUGCAAUUAAAUCCAAAGAAACAAAAGGUGAUGUAAACUUCAAAGAGCAGCAGAGUGACAGCUUGGCAGAGCUUCUGCUCGCAGCCCCUGCUCUGGAAGGGAAGCUGCUGAGCCUUUCAUCUGCUGGUAAACAGGGAGGCUGUAAUGAGGAAAUUGCAACCCGUAUCUGUGCAGAUGACAAGUACGGUGAGAUCUUAGAGAAAGCUGCGAACGCAGAGCUAGGGGAAGGGGUUUUAGAGGAGAAUAAGAACAGAAGGAGGGCAGAGAGCGGUGCUUGCAAGCAGCCUGUGGAGAGCCCUGCCAAGGAGCAUGAGGCUGUGCCGUGCCUCUCGCUGGGCUCCAGCCUGCCGGACUUCAGGGAGCACAUCAGCCAGAUAUUCAGGCAAACAAUCUGCAGCACGCUGAGCGCCGAGUUACCCCAGCUGCCAGCAGAAAGCCAUGCAGGCUGCACACAGAGCCUGGCGGCCGAGGGCACGGCGCAACCGUGUGGUGCUGGGAACUUCUUGGGGUCGGUCGAGGUGGGCACGGUACGCAAGAGCCCCUUGCAGGCAGAAGCACCGGAGCUGCCUUUAGCUCUGUGCACGGCUCCUGGAUCUCUGCAGCAGGACGCAGUGGCAGGGCUGCAAGCAGAAGGAAGCAGGCAGCCUGGUCUGGGCAGGGUUCCCUGCUCAGAGGGCUCUGCACAUGCUGUGUGCACACUGGGGAACCUGCAAAAGGCAAACACUGAGCAUCCGGAGAGCAGGGGGAUGGAAGAAGAGGCAGGGCUGCAUGCUGGCGGUGGGGAGCCUGCAUUGCUAAUGGGCUUAGAGGAGAAGCAGCAUGGACCGGCUGCAUCUGAUGGGGCAGCAGCUGAGAACUUCCAUUUGGAGGAGAAGCAACAGCCCAGCACAGCCAGCAUCCCGACAGCAGAGGACUCAGAGGAUGCUGCUCCCACAGAGGUCUCAAUGACAGAGCGCAGCACGGAGCCACCUGAGGAGGGUGUGAGCUGUCACAGUGAGCAGCGCCCAGGUCCUGAGCUAAGAGAAGAGGAGAAUGGAUGCAGUGGUCUGGACACCGCCACGAGCAUCUCUGAUGUGGCAGCUUCAGCUCUCCUCCUAGGAGGGACUUACAGCUGUGAAAAACCGCCAGGCAAUGUCAGCAUGUCACCUGGGGAAAUUCAGAGGCCGGGCACCCACAGCAGUUUUAAGCGUGACAUCGAGGCACAGAGUGACACACAGGUGAUGCUGGAUGAUCCAGGAAAUGGGGAAUGCAUGGGAACAUCAGAAAGCUCACAACAAGAGGAGAGAGGAGCCAUGCGUGAGUUAAUGGAUUCCUUAAAAAAUGAAGCCGGCCAGGAUGGCUGCAUGCACACCGACUCCCAGAUAGGAUCCAGCAAUGUGAUGGAGGGAGAUGUACAGGAGAGCAGUGACACAGUGCUGAGCUCAGCAGAGACAGGCACCGGAAAACCUGGAGCCGUUCCUGAGAUGGGCACUGAAAAACACGGGGAUGUCCCUGAAACAGGCACUGAAAGACCUGGGGACGACUCUGAGACAGGCACAGCAAGGAUGCUGGUGACUGCUGAAGGUGGCUUGGAGUUAAGCAACAGUACCAGGGAGCAGGAGGCAGAGCUGCAUGGAGACUGCUCCCCAGCCACUGCUGGGAUGGAGCAGGGAGAGUGCUCCCCAUGUGCAGGCUUUGCUGGUGCUGACAUCCAUCUGACUGGGACAGACCUGGGGCAUGAAGGCUCGCUGCAGGGCACCCAAAGGACGCUGUCCCUGCUUGCAUUCCUGGAGCCUGAGACACUUGACCUCGGCACGCUUCAAGACACGCCUGUGGCAGGGCUGCCCACUGACAGCCCUCCUGGGCCAGGUGAUGAUAUACAGUUGGCUUCUGCCCUUGGUCCUCCUGAGCAACCCCGAGCUGUUUCUACGGCUUAUGGAAAUGUUGAGCCCGCGGAUGCUGCUGAGCUGACUUCAGCAAGCACUUCCAAGCCUGAUAGCAGUGAAGAAGCUACUGGACUCGUUUCUGGGGAUGUGCCGGUGGCUGCAGCCCCUGGUGGUGGAGUAGAGCUGCCUCCUCAACAAGCUGAAAGUGUCGCAGAGGAGAUCAAGAGGAGCUCUGACUCAGAAGAAGCAUUUGAGACCCCCGAGUCCACUACACCAGUCAAGGCUCCUCCAUCACCUCCACAGCCACCACCCGACACAGCGGCAGCCAUCGUAGUGGACAAAGCAGAGCAAGAAAUAAAGCCCCAGCUGCCCCUGGAAGACACAGGAUUACCUCCUGAAACUGUCCCUGUAACUGAUGUGUCACACAGUGAGUCAGUUGAAGAAAGUCCUUUCCGUCCCCCUUGCCAUUCUUUUUCCACCGUCUUCGAUGAGGACAAGCCAAUAGCCAGCAGUGGAACUUACAACUUGGACUUCGAUAACAUUGAGCUGGUUGAUUCUCUCCAUGCCUUAGGACCGAGCUCUCCAGAAUUGAAGAAUCGUGACCCCAAAGCGAAUGUUCGAAGAAAAUCUACCGAUUCAGUGCCAGUUUCCAAAUCUACGUUAUCUCGGUCUCUCAGCUUGCAAGCUAGUGAUUUUGAUGGAGCAUCCUACCUUGGCAACAGCGAGACACUAGCGCCAGCAGCAGAUACUUAUGGUACUGGUUCAAGCAGUGCUUCCAGUACCCUUAAGCGAACAAAGAAAUCCAGGCCAGCUUCCAUAAAAAAGAAGCAGCCAGCAAAAAAAUCCCUGGAUGCUCCGCCAGUGAAGGAAACGCCACAAGAGCCUCCUGACCUUGGCCAAGCAGCUUCUGCAGGUGAGGAGAAACCAGCACCUGAAGCAAAAGCUGACUCAGUAAAGCCCGAGUAUACUGACCCUUCUAAAACCUCUGCUGAGAAACAGGAGGCCGCGGCUGUGCCUGAGGGAUCCUAUCCUUUGGAUCCUGACAGUUUGGAAGGGAUUAGUGCUUUUAGCACUGGAGGCAGCAAAGUGCAAAACUCACCCCCUGCCAACAAGAAAACGCUACCUCUUACACCCGCACCAGAGGCUGGGGAGGUGACUCCGUCGGACACUGGCGGACAAGAGGACCCUCCGGCCAAAGGCGUUGCGGUGAGGCUGGAAUUUGAUUAUUCAGAAGAAAAAGGGAUCAGUGAAGACCAGCAGGAGAGCACUCCUCCUCCUAAAAAAGCAGGUAAAAAGCCUGGUGCUAAAAUGCCACUACGGAGGCCAAAGACUAAAAAGUCAGUGGAAAAGCUUGACAAUGCUCCAACCACGCCGACAAAGACACCCACUGAUCCGAACGAAAUCCCUAUCACAAAAGGAUCUUACACUUUUGAUAUUGACAAGUGGGAUGAUCCCAAUUUUAACCCGUUCUCCUCUAGUACAAAAAUGCAAGAAUCUCCCAAACUGCCUCAACAAACGUACAGUUUUGAACCAGACAUGUGCGAGGACUCUAUUGACCCUUUCAAGUCUUCUUCUAAGAUCGCCAACUCACCCACUAAAUCUCCAGCCUCCUUUGAGAUACCAGCCAGUGCCAACGAGACAAACGGAACUGAUGGGGACAACUUGAAUAAACCUGCAAAGAAGAAGAAGACGCCCCUAAAGACGAUGGUAGAAGAUGUGAUGUCUGUAUGUUCUCUGUUUGAUACAUUUAGGGUGAAAAAAUCACCAAAAAGAUCUCCACUGUCUGAUCCUCCUUCUCAGGAUCCCACCCCGCUGCCUACCCCAGAAACACCUCCUGUCAUAUCUGCAGUGGUUCAUGCAACAGAUGAGGAGAAACUGGCAGUGACCAGCCAGAAAUGGACCUGCAUGACUGUGGACCUGAGCACGGACAAGCAGGAUUACCCACAACCUUCCGAUCUGUCCACGUUUGUCAAUGAGACCAAGUUCAGCUCUCCUACAGAGGAAUUGGAAUAUGGCAACUCAUAUGAAAUAGAAUAUAUGGAGAAAAUAGGCUCCUCUGUGCCUCAGGAUGACAGCACCCCGAAGAAACAAUCUUUAUACCUAAUGUUUGAUGCACAGCAAGAGAGCCCAGUCAAAUCGCCUCCCGUCAGACUGUCCGAUUCCACCACGCCGUGCUCAGGGUCAAGUUUUGAAGACCCUGAAGCCCAGCAAUCCUCUGGAAUGAAAAUACAACAUCCAGCUUCUCGAGUCCUCGCUGCCAGCCAAGAGGCACACUUACAGUCACCAGACAAGUCAAAACAGAAGGACUUAGAGCCCAUGACAUUAGGAACAACCCCAGAGACUAUUGAAAUAGCAUCUCCUGAAGACUCCUUUGUCUCUGCUGAUGCCCUUCUCAACAGGAUAUCUAAGAAAACAUCCAUGUGUGAUCAACCUGAAUAUCUAGAUCCUGACUUAGCAGAAAAGAACCCCCCAGUAUUUGCUCAGAAACUUCAGGAGGAGUUAGAGUUUGCUGCAAUGAGAAUAGAAGCACUGAAGUUAGCCAGGCAGAUUACCCUGUCUUCUUUCCGCUCCUUAGAUGCCGAGAGAGAACCUGCUAUCCCAGCAGAUGUUUCCAUCUCUAAAAGUGUGCUGUACUCACGGAUCGGCGCUUCGGAUGCAGAAGGCACCACGAGUCUUCUCUACCCCCAGCAAGACUUGGAUGCUGCACUACGACUUGCCAGAGCAGAGAUUGUGGCCAAGGAAAGAGAAGUGUCUGAGUGGAAAGAGAAAUAUGAAGAAAGCAGAAGGGAAGUGAUGGAAAUGAGGAAAAUAGUUUCAGAAUAUGAGAAGACGAUUGCUCAGAUGAUAGGCAAGCCCGAGGAUGAGCAGAGAGAGAAGUCUGUCUCCCAUCACACUGUUCAGCAGCUGAUCGUGGAGAAGGAGCAGGCGCUGGCGGAUCUGAACUCAGUGGAGAAAUCUCUGGCAGAUCUUUUCAGGAGAUAUGAAAAAAUGAAGGAAGUGUUGGAGGGGUUUCGGAAGAACGAAGAAGUAUUAAAGAAAUGUGCGCAGGAGUAUUUAUCACGAGUAAAGAAAGAAGAACAGAGGUAUCAAGCACUCAAAAUCCACGCUGAGGAAAAACUGGACAGAGCCAAUGCUGAAAUUGCACAAGUGAGAGGCAAGGCUCAGCAAGAGCAAGCAGCGUAUCAGGCCAGCCUUCGUAAAGAGCAGCUGAAGGUGGACGCAUUGGAAAGAACACUGGAACAAAAGAAUAAAGAGAUAGAAGAGUUAACAAAGAUUUGUGACGAACUGAUUGCCAAAAUGGGGAAAAGCUAACUUUUAACCAAAUUUCUGGACUUCAACACUGAGUGCAAUAUGACCAUUGGCACACUGAUGUCCAUACAUUUAUGUGGACAGGUUAUAUUUUCACUUUUUCGUAUGCACUACUGUAUUUUCUUUCUAAAUAAAGUUGAUUUAAUUGUAAGCAGUACUAAGAUGACUAUCAGAAUUUCUUGCUAUUGUUUGCAUUUUCAUAGUAUAAUUCAUAGCAAGUUGAUCUCAAAGUUCCUGUAUCAGGGAGAUUGUCAAGUUCUCUAAGAAAUUACAAAUUGCUGAUCCUAGCCUUCCCUUUGUACAUGAGUUCCCAUGUUGGAUGUCUUUUGGAUUUAAUAUAAACAUGUAUUACUUGCAUGGGGACUCUUGCCUUAAGGAGUGUAAACUUUAUCUGCAUUUGCUGAUUUGUAAAAUAAAAUGAAAAAUGAAAAAAAAAAAAUCAAGAUGCAUGUCACUUAAAUGAAAUUCUCUAUUGUAAAUAAAUUUUUUCGUUGGAAGUUGAA